AUGAGACUGCAGCGGAUGCUUCUCGCCCUCCAACGAUACAAAAUCACAUUGCAGUUCAAGCCAGGGAAGGAAAUUGUGAUUGCGGAUAUGCUAUCGAGGGCAGCUUUCGCUGCAGGAGAUGGUACGAACCAGGAUAUUUACGACAUCUACACGAUAGAUAUGGAUUUUUCUUUCGAAGAGUUUGAGCAAAUAAACGUGAUGGAUUAUGCCCCGAUUUCGGACUACCGGCUGGAUCAAAUACGCAAAGAAUCUCAUCAGGACGAGGAUAUCCAAUGGAUAAUCCGGGCAAUCGUGGAAGGAUGGCCCAGCAGACCACAAGAAGCACCGGACCGUGUUCAAGUUUUUUGGAAAUACAAAGACGAUUUGAGUGUUCAGGGUGGCAUUGUCUACAGAAACGAUCGGAUUUUAGUUCCUUCGAAUCUGAGGUCAGAAAUUCUAAAGCGUUUACAUGCUUCUCACUCUGGAAUUGAGGCCACAAUGAAGCUAGCUCGGGACACAGUAUUCUGGCCGGGAAUCAACCGCGACAUAAAAGAACGUAUUCAGAAUUGUAACAUUUGCAUCAAGUACUCCUCCAGUCAACAACAUCAACCAAUGCAAACUCAUCAAAUUCCAAAUUAUCCGUUCCAAAAGGUUAGUAUGGACCUAUGUGAAGUGCAUUCUGGGGACAAGAAACACGUAUACUUAAUCACAGUGGACCAUUUUUCGGAUUUCAUUGAAGUUGACGAGCUGAAACGGGGGGCAACUGCAGGUAUCGUCAUUGAAAAAUGUCGACAGAACUUUGCGCGGUAUGGUACACCAAUGUACGUAACGACGGAUGGUGGUCCGCAGUUUGAUUGUGAGGAAUUUCACAGAUUCGCUGAAAGAUGGGAAUUCAACCACACCAUGUCGGCCCCUUAUCACCCACAAGGGAAUGGUAAAGCGGAGUCCGCCGUGAAGAUUGUGAAAAGACUGUUAAAGAAAUCUUUGGAGACAAAAAGUGAUUUUUGGCAGUCACUUCUACAAUGGCGGAACAUACCAAAUAGCUGCGGAAGCUCUCCAGCUCAGCGAAUGUUUAGCCGGCGUACGCGGUUCAAUGUCCCUAUGGCAGAUGGUAAAUUCAACCCAAAAAUACAGGAAGGAGUGAAGGAGCAGAUCAAACAAAAUCGACGACAUGCAAAAUACUACUACGAUCGUACAGCCAGGAACCUGCCGACUUUGGAAGUCGGGCAGCCAGUAUUCGUGAAGAAGAAAACAUCGGAUAGCACCUGGAGUGAAGGCACCGUUCAUAGUACUUUCAAUGAUCGUUCCACUGUUGUUGAUGUGCAAGGACAAAAAUAUCGAAGAGACAACGUCAUGAUUAAGCCGGCGGGUAUUAGGAGCGUUGCCGGACGAUCACAGGAAUUUAUGGAACGCUCGGCUACACCGGAACCAGAGGUAAAGCAGCAAGCCGAGGAGUCUGAUACUAGCGCGGCUACCAGUAACGAUAUUGUCAAACCUACACCAGAGACGGCAACAACAUCGACGAAGCACGACCGUCCGAGACGUAAUAUUCGGCAACCAGACUGGUUUAAAGAUUAUCAAAUGUGUUGA